AUGAGUUCUAUACCAGUUGUUGUUACCCAUGCCGGAAAACGCCACGAGCUUGAAGUAGAUAUCUCUCAACCCGGAGAAGUUUUUAAAUUCCAGCUAUAUUCCAUCACUGGCGUCGAACCCGAACGACAGAAGGUCCUGAUUAAAGGCGGACAACUAAAAGAUGAUACGGAUCUCUCUUCACUGGGUCUGAAACCAGGGCAUAAGUUCAUGAUGAUGGGAACCCCAGCUGGUAAACAUGUUCAAGCGCCCAAAGAAAAGAUGAAGUUUCUCGAAGACUUGACAGACGCCCAGCUCGCUGCGUUUGGAGGCUCUACUCCAUCUGGACUGCAAAAUCUGGGCAAUACCUGCUACAUGAACUCAACUCUUCAAACCCUUCGAUUUGUACCAGAGCUUCAGGAGGAGCUGCAGAAGUAUCAGAGUAGUGGCCCGUCCGCAGGAGCUUUUGGAGGAGCUGGUGGAUCAAGCUCUUUAUUGUCUGGUUUGGGUGGAAUUGCAGGUUCUGAUUUGACAUCAGCGUUGAGGGACUUGUAUAAACAGAUGGGCCAAACUACUGAGGGAUUCCCACCAAUGAUGUUUCUUGGUGCUCUUCGGACGGCGUUUCCGCAAUUCGCACAAAAGGCAAAGAACGGACAAUACUCUCAACAAGAUGCAGAGGAGUGCUAUUCUCAAAUACUCUCACAGCUUCGCCAAAAGCUAAAGAUUCAAUCAACAGACGGAUCUUCGGGCGACGUCUCAUUUGUCGACAAGUACUUGUCCGGGCAGAUGGUUUCCACUCUGAAAUGCAACGAAGAUACCCCAGAUGAACCGCCCGUUGAGACUACCGAGUCAUUCGUGAACUUGAAAUGUCACAUUAAUCAAUCCAUCAAUCACUUGCGCGACGGCCUGAUUGCUGGCUUGACUGAGGAAAUUGAAAAGAAUAGUCCUACCCUAGGGAGAGAUGCCAUUUACACUAAAACCAGUAAAAUCACACGUCUACCUAAGUAUUUAACUUGUCAUUUUGUCCGUUUCUACUGGAAACGUGAAAUAAACAAGAAGGCCAAGAUCAUGCGUAAAGUAACAUUCCCUUUCGAGCUUGAUGCCUCGGAAUAUUGCACCGACGAACUCCGUGCCAAAUUGAUCCCUGUUCGCGACCGCCUCCGCGACCUUCGGAAGGACGCAGAAGAUCGUGAACGGGCUCGUAAAAGACUCAAGCGCAGUGCAGCAAGCCCCGAUGAUGUUGCCGGCGGAAAUGCUGGCAUGGGCGGCUUUGGGUCUGCCCAAAGUAAAGCUGCAGAAGCGAAAGAGGAGGCCGAGAAGACCGCUGCUGCGAUAAAGGUGGCAGCAGACGAUGCGAAUGCCCCGAAUUGGGAACAAGAAUUAAAGAACAAAUUGGACCCCGGUCUCGCCGCGGACGAUGGGUGCAACCCCAGCGGGCUUUAUGAACUUAUGGGUGUUAUCACACAUCAAGGGGCUAGUGCAGACUCGGGGCAUUAUUGCAGUUACGUUAAGAAAGAGGGCGGGGACGGAAAGACCUGGUACUUUUUCAACGACGAUAAGGUUUCCGAGGUUGAACAGGACAAGAUCGAAUCUUUAGCUGGUGGUGGUAGGUUUACGUCCCUAAAAUCAAAUUAG